AUGAAUUCUUGGAUUUGCAAUCCUUUUUGUAGUCAGAGCAAGCAUUUAUGGGUCAUACCAUACCGAGUAGCACUCGGCGAACGCCUCGUUAUACAUGACAAUGUCACAGUCGGCACACUUUUGAAUGCACGCCGCGAGACCGUCGGAGCCGUUGUAAAUGCGCGAUUCGCCGCGGAUUUCGAUGGCGUCGUGGGCGAUCAUCUUGAACGAAUUGAGGCAGUGGACCGCUUCUGCAACAUUGUUGUAUAG